AUGAUGUAUGCAUUUAGAUACUGGUAAGGAAAUCUGAGGGUACUGCUAAACUUAUAGAACCCGCGAAAAGAAUCGAUUUGAAUGGUCGGAGACGUGCGCCGUCUGAUUACAGGGUAAAGACGUGCUGUGGGGCAUCUCUCGUCUACGCUCUUCUUCUCUCCCACUGAGCGGCGCUCUCUGAUGCGAGCCUUCUGCCUCGUCCAUCAUGCAAGGACUCUCUGCGUCGAGGCAUAUCGAGCCUCCCACGGGCGGCCGUACUCAGAAUCUUUUUGUGCGGUGCUGUCUCUUCUUUUACAAUAAUGUCAACACUGACAUUGAACUUUGACCACCAACCGCCCCUCCGGACAGCGUCAUUCAUUUUUUUUUUUCAGUAUUGAUUUUUUCAUCUUGAAAUUGUAAGUCAGUUGGAGGUAACUACAUUCGAUAAAUGACUGUCUUUUUUCUCAUUAUCAAUUUUUUUGAGUAUUUAUGGCAAUAAAAAACUAGAAAGGGUUUUUUAAUUGCAUCGUAACUCUUGUGAGAUUAUUUGUGUACACGUUUGCUUAGCGUAAAUUUGAAAGGGUUAUUAGUCAAAAGCCGAAAAGUUGGUUUUUAGAACUAUAGGCGAUUGCUGUAAGCUGAAAAUAUUUCAAGAAGCUCUCAGAUUCACACUCCGCGCAUUUUCAUGCGUAAGUUUUCUGCUGUAAUCUUUUUAGACAUUUCCAUUGAUUUAUUGUAAGCGAUUUUCUGAUCUUGAAUAGUUAUAGAUAUUAAUCUUGAAAAACCCUUCUAUCUAAUUUUUUUGUGUUCAAGUUGGAAUAUCGUGAAAAAAAUUAAAUUAAAUUAAAGAGUGAAAUUGAAAUUCGCUCAAUUUUUUUCUCGUCCAAUUACGGUAAAUAGAAGUUUCUCUUGUAUGUUCGCGUGGUUUCUAUGCUGAUCUAAAAAAUUGAAGAAUGUAUUAGGUAUCGAUAUUUUCUUUGAAUCCCUCCGAACUGCGCAAGGUUUAAAUAUGUUCAAUUUUUAUUUACGUUUCAUUAUUUGAUUUUCAAAUCAUCGAACUGAGUUCAGAGAGGGAAAAUAGAUCAAAAGAAACGUUAAGAUGUCUUGCCUUAUUUUCAUUUGAAUUUUAUUUGCAGCUAAAGCGGUUGAGCUAUGAAUUUUGGAAUUCGAUAAAUUUGAAAAGUUUCGUUGAAAAAACUUAUAAUCGUUUUUCGAAAGUCUGUCAACUUUUAUGUUUCCCUUGCAGUUUUUUAGCUUUGCUCAUUUGUAAUUUUUAUGCUCGUUUUUCAAGAUUUAUCGUGAUUUUUGCAGAACUAAUCGUCCAAUCCUCAUCUAUGUUUAGGGUUGCCGCAAAUCAACGGCACCCGGCGCACGGAGCAAUCUUCGUCACGAUCCGGUUCACCGAACUGAUUGCAAAAUAGUGCUGCACAUUCAAGGUGCUUAUCUCAGCCACUAGACUUGAUACAGUUGCAUUGAAGAGAGGGGAUGAACAAGCAGUUGCUUACGUGCUCGUUGAAAGGCGGCAAGCAGGUCACUACCGUUGUGGCUUCAGUUGCAGCUGAUGGCGUCGACCAACAGGUUUCAUUAUUUUCUAAGUUCUUUUUCUCUGUAAAAUCGAUCUUAACAAGAUUGAGCCUUUUGUCUCGAGGAUCAAGUUCAUUUUAUAGGUCGAAGUUUCCUACUUUGAUCAGAAAGUGAUUGGGAAUGGAUCUUUCGGCGUGGUUUUCCUCGCUAAACUGUCGACGAACAACGAGAUGGUCGCGAUAAAGAAAGUGUUGCAAGACAAGAGAUUCAAGAAUCGUGAGCUCCAGAUUAUGCGCAAACUCAACCAUCCCAACAUUGUCAAGCUCAAGUAGGAUAUAACUAGCGUUUACUCAUUUCUGUCUCCAGAUAUUUUUUUUAUUCGACCGGUGAGAAAAAAGACGAGCUCUACUUGAAUUUGAUCCUGGAAUACGUACCUGAAACGGUUUACAGGUAGCUGACAAUUCAGUUUCAGAUUUGAUAUCCUCAUUUUUUUUUAAGAGUCGCAAGGCAUUAUUCGAAACAGAGACAGGCCAUUCCUCUUAUUUACGUCAAAUUGUACAUGUAUCAGGUUAGUUGAUAUUUUCUCGUCAACAAGCAAAGAGUGUCGAUUUUGUUUUUCUGAUCGUUAAAUGAAGUGAAACUUGUUUCAGUUGUUUCGAUCGUUGGCCUACAUUCACGGGAUCGGAAUUUGCCACCGCGACAUCAAACCCCAAAACUUGCUGAUUGAUCCCGAGAGUGGCGUUCUCAAACUAUGCGACUUUGGCUCUGCCAAGUAUUUGGUGAAGGUGGGCUUUUUUUUUUUAGAAUAGUUGAAGUCGAAGUAGUCAAAUAUAAUAAUUAGACUCCGACCUGGAACUGGACAAGUAUUAGAGCAAAAGAUAAGAAAUCAAGAAAUUUGGUGAUUAAGAUGUUGAACUCAUAAAAAAUCGAUGGAGGCACUAUUAUCUAUUUUGGAAGUUGGCUCAUCUCAUAAGAGAAAUAUUCAUUAGAAAAUUGACCGGAAAAGCCUGUUUGCUUGAACUUUAGCUCAGUUCAAUCAAUGUUCUUUUAGUACUAUUGAGACGCUCUAUAUCAUCCCGGUUUUUUUUUACUGCGUUUUCUAUUUAUUUUUUUAUUUUUUUGCAACUAUUUUACGUGAGAAAACAGUUAAAAAGUUCUUGGUUUGAAAAAUAGUGCGUAGUGAAGAAGUUUUAUGUUUCAUCGAUUUAAUUUUCUGACGAUGUGAAAAAUUCCGCUGAGUUAUUGCCGGCGGUCGUUAAGUUGAUGCUCGGUGAGAUGAAGAUAAUGUUUUAUACACAAAAUCGUGGUUUGAAAGUUUUGAGGUUAUUUAAGGUAUCAAAAAAAAAAUCUAGACCAAAGGAAAAAAUGUUUUCAUGUUAGAAGAAAUUUCAAUACAAUUAAUAAUCCCACCAUAUCGAAAACAAAUGCAGAACGAACCUAACGUGUCCUACAUCUGCUCCCGCUAUUACCGCGCCCCGGAGCUCAUCUUCGGCGCCACCAACUACACGAACUCGAUCGACGUUUGGUCAGCCGGAACUGUCAUGGCGGAGCUGCUCCUUGGCCAGCCCAUCUUUCCCGGAGACUCUGGUGUCGACCAGCUAGUCGAGAUUAUAAAGGUCAUUUUCGGUUUCUCAUCAUUCCACAUGAAAGUUCUAGUAUUGGAGAAAUAAAAGCUUGCAAAAAAUUUAUAAGAGGACAUUUUUGUUUUAAAGACACGUUAAUUUAGUUGAAUAUCUCAUACGAGGCCAUUUUUGAAGGCCGCCGUCCGCUCUUCCCAAGUUUUCUCAAAUCAAAGUUAUUACUACCUACCUCAGGCUAAAACUUGUAUUUUGAGGCCAAAACUACCUCCUUGAGGUUGAAAUUUCAUCAUAUUCCUGGUUUUCCACAAUUUCUUUAAGCCAACCUCUCCUCCCGGGCUGAAUGAGUUCUUUACUUGCCCAUCUAUGGAAUAGCCUGUUUUUCGUUUUUCACAACUUUUCGUGUUAUUUCGAUCAUUUUUAAUCUCACAGCAAGAUAGGGGAGAGGAAAAAAUUCAAAAAAAAAGGAAGCGGCUUGAAACAUUUUUCUAGUUCAACUUUUUUUUCUCUGAGUUUGCUCCUCUAUGUUCCAGCCGUGAAUAGAGAAUUUUUCCAAACAUGCUGGAAAUACGUUUUUUUUUCGCAAAAAAAAAAACAUCGUUUCUCUUUACUUGUAUGUAUUCCUUUGAAGCAACAGGAGGAAAAAAAUAAACUAGUCGUUAUUUGAAAAAAAGUUUCUUUCAAAUCGUCUCAUUUUGUUCCUUAUGGCUCAUGUUGAAUAUUUUCAUCUGAAAAAUUUUAAAAACCACUAUAUGAAUUUUUCAUUUUUUUCAGGUUUUGGGAACGCCUACCAAAGAACAAAUCCAGAGUAUGAACCCGAACUACAAAGGAAUUCAAAUUCCCUCAAAUAAAAGCUCACCCUUGGACGAAAGUACGUGGUUUUCUUUAUUCUCUUUUCUCCUUUAUAUCGACUGUAUUUAAAUCUCGUGGUUUCAGGUGUUCCGUGCCCACACGCCUCCAGAAGCGAUCGAUUUGAUAUCGCAGAUCAUCGAGUACACGCCCACGUCGAGGCCAACUCCGCAAGUGGUCAGGCUUCUACUUUUCAUUUUUUUAUUAUCUUUGAACAAGUUGCGCGUAUUUUCAUGUCUUAAAAAGGAACAUUUUAAUUUGGUAUUCAUCAUUGGUAAAGAAACAUCUCUGAUAGGACAAAAUGAAAAAAAAAAGAAAAAUUUUAGCGUGAUGUGCACCUAGUUUAAAUAACUACGGGUUUUGAAACACCUUCAGCUUCUCCAUAAUUUUUUCUCUCUAUUUCUCUCUUUCUACAGCGCUUUUUCUUGAAAUAUGUCAGAUUUGCUAUUAAUAGAAUGUUUUUGGGGUAGUUUUUAAUAAUCAUGAAUAAAUUCUCAAAAACGUUAAUUUGAACGCGCAGGUUACCGCGUAUUCCGUUUUGAUAGUAUCUUUGAAAGUUGCAUGUUGUUAGCUGUAGACCUCAUUGUGUUGGACGUGAAUUUAGAGAACUGAUCUUCCAGAAAUAAUCUUUACUUUUCCGCAGGGAGCUUCUUUGCAAGCAAUGCAUCUAAGAGUUUUUGAAGAAAUGGUGCGAUCUUACGCUAAAAGGAUCUUUUUUGUAAAGUCAUCAAAAAUUGGAAAAGCGUAAGCUUUCGAUAGUUCGAAUGAAAAAACUUUUCUUUCAAAAAACUUUUCGUUUUUCGGUUGAAAUAAAGGAACUUAUUGAUAUUCUUUUCUCGAUUUCAAAUAGGCUGUUGCUAGAAAAGCUUUCGUUCAGCUGCCGGCAACCUUUUGCCGUUUUCUAGAUUUAAGACACGAACCUGAGUUGAAAUACGAUGGGUUGCAGGCGUGCCAGCAUACGUUCUUCGAUGA